AAAUUUCAAAUGAGGUUGGCCUCAGCGCUGCAACACCAGCCGUUGCUUCCGUGGACGCGUGGCAUCUCCCCAUUGGCUGACAGGCGAACUCAGGUUCCGUACCCAGUUGGAGCCGGAUCUCAAAACGAAAUUAAAUCCCCUUAAUUAAUUAUCCCAAGACCCGACACCGACCGGAACCCGACCCGCACUCGGAGGUCGUCAUAUAAAGCCGGAGACAGGAAACUGGCGGAACACAUAGGCCGUUGAAGAAGAACCGCAGGGGGAAAAGGAAUUGGUCGGGAUCCGGCGGAGUUCGUCGGGUUCUGUCCAUAAUCGUCGGAGCUCAGAAGCUGAAGAGAGAGUUGUGAACGAUUAACGAUGAAGGGAUCCUGCGCAAUCGUCGCGUCCGUCCUCGCCGCAUCUACUGUGGCUCUUUCAUCCUCCUCCGGGGAUCGCGGCGACGCUUUCAAUCCUUUUUUCAACGAGGGAUUUCCUUCUUCGUCAUUGUCAUCGUGUUCUUCGGAGAACAAUGGCGCAUCUGGUUCGCUGAAGUCACCAGAGAAGGAGAAAUUCGCACCGAGAUUCGACGGCUUGAGGUUCAUUGAGACCUUGGUGACUGCUCACCGAUAACGGAAAACCUCCCUCCUAGUACUCCCCGUCUCUGUUUUGAAAGCUCGCUCUGCAGGACAAGCGCCAUCAAACCAUUCCUAGUUGGUUGUGAAAGCUUCUAUUUUCAUUUUUUCGGCGUAGAUGAACACAGAACUCUCUGAUUUUUUUUUUGUUGGUUGAGUAAUUUUCUGUUAUUAAUUUUUAUUUUUACACUUCUUCUGCUGGAAAAUUUUGUUUUCUUUUCCUCUUUGGUUGUAGGAAAAUUUCAUUUGAGGCUGUUUGUUGGGUCAUUUUGCUUUUUUUAUUAUUAUUUAUUAUUAAGACCCUUCUAUCAUUGACAGUUGCAGAGGGCGUUCAUCACAUCCACACCCUCUUAAUCUAUUCUCAAUCUUUGUUCA